UCAGGUAAAACCAACCCUUUGAAAACUUCUGCAAUUGGCUACUCCUCCUCUCUCCCUCUCCCUCACCCCAUUUCUUUCUUUUUCUUUCUUUCUACAUCAAGCGAUUCAAUAACCUGCUUGUCUUCUUUCUUGGGUUCUCCUCAUUGAUUUCUCGUCAAUCAUUCGCAUACCCUCUUCGUUACUCUUGGCUAUAGCAUCAAGAUACAGGAUCUGGGGAUUUGGAAAAAAACCCCACCCCUUCUCAAUCAAAAUCUGUUGAGAAUCAGUUUCUUUUGUGGAUUUUUUUGGUCGAUAUCAAUAGUCACUGAAUUUUUGGUCUGGGUGCUUGGUUUUUGUCCUUUGAUACUGUUAUGGAUCGGAUGCUAGUUUAAUUUCUAUUCUCUGCUGAAAAUUUUCGUUAAAGAGGGUUUUGUGUGCAGUAGUACUUUGAUUUUUUGGGAAGUUGAAGACGUUUGUUGAAGAUUAUAUGAGAAUUUGAGUUGGGGUUUUGGUAAAUUCAUUUAUCAAUGGCAAGAGAAGAUUUUAUCGAACUCAAAUUCAGGCUGGCAGAUGGUACUGAUAUUGGGCCAAGCAAAUAUAGUCCCACAACCACUGUGGCAAAUCUCAAAGAGAAGAUAAUUGCACAAUGGCCAAAAGAUAAAGAAAAUGUUCCAAAGACCAUAAAUGAUGUGAAACUCAUAAAUGCUGGAAAGAUACUGGAAAACAACAGGACACUUGCUGAAUCCAGACUUCCAGUCAGUGAACUUCCAGGUGGUGUCAUCACCAUGCAUGUUGUUCUGCGUCCUCCCAUACCAGACAAAAAAAGUGACAAGCUGCGGAAAGAUUCUACUAAGAAGUCAGGGUGCUCAUGUUCAAUCUUGUAGUUGCAAGUGACCAAAAUUUCUGACGCUUCUCAUGCUGGGGUUGAUUCAUUUUCAAGAAUCUCAGUAGUUGAUAGUUCAUAUGCAGUUUAGAGACCAUUCUUUCUCCAGAACUUUGCGUCAUUUAGCUAAAGAAAAGCUUGGACUAUAUGUUACGGUAACUUCUAGUUUCAAGUAGCUUCAAAAACUGAAAGUGUGAAAGUCUGAUGAUAUUAGUGAAUUAGAAGUGCGUUGAUUGAGAGAGUCGCUUCUACCAACAAACAAGUGGGAAAAAAAAGAAAGUAAAAAAGCAGUUAUAGAAGACAUGAUAGUUUUGAUUUGAUCUGUAAUUGACAAACUUAUGAGAAGGUACAGAAUAAAUUUCCAUCUGAUGUUUGAAGUUUC